AUGGGCUGCAUGCAGCACUGGCCCCUAGGGCCUGCAAUUUUCUGCGAUCCGGCUACCCGCCCUGAAAUUCCAGCAUCUAUUUGUUGUCUCAACGACUAUAAAACAACGCAUGCAACAGCGGGAGGGGCGGUUCUUCGUGUAGGUCGCUCGCACAUGCAGCUUGCCACUGUGUUUCGACAAUGCAGUGCCGUCCGAAGAGGACCUGGUGCUGCAACAGAGCCGUCGGCUGUCCUACCUAGUUGGACGCUGCUGCCUUUGGCUGCUCACACGCCUCUGCAACAGCGCUGCCUUGGAGGUGACUGUUGCGAGAGCGACGCUUCCAGGCGGAGAGCAUCGCCGUGGGAGCGCCGUCUUUUGCGUGGAUUCUCCGUAGCAUGCAGACCAGCAGAAGACGCGAAAGGGGCUGCAAGCAGGUCGAGGUCGACUGGUGCGCCUCAGGGUGCUGCAGACGCUGCGACGCAGUGUAUCUCCAGCGGGCAGCAUACUCCGCUUGCAGCCGCUGCACAGCGAGCGGCGUUCAAGGUACCUGCUGCAGCAGCUGCUGCUUCUCAGACGAUUUCGCAGUUGCGGCGGCAGCAUCCAGCUGCAUUUGCUGCCGUGGCAGCUGCGUGCGCUGGAGGAAAGGCUGACCUGCGUCUCUUACAGGAUCCGUUGUGGCUGGCAGCGCUCGGCAUUGGAUGUGUCUCGCGACAUGUCUCGCAACACAGCAGCUCCCCAGAAAGCGUUCCCUGUGUAAACGUGGCCUGGACUGCGGAUGCAUCGGAGGGGGAGAACGAGGAGGCAGAGGACGGUGCCGUUGCUGCUGCAUGCAUGGCAGCGGCAGCAGUAGCGGGGGAGCAGCGUCCCUUGCUGCGUCUGCAUGCUGCUGCGCUUCUCGGCGAGGCAGCAGCGCUGCUGCAUGCGCUUGGAAGGGCGUUGGGGUCCUCUCUGGAUGCUGCUCCGUCAGAAGGAGCUCCUUGUUCAGCAGCCGCUGGAGGACGGCCAGCACCUUGCACUGCAUCCGCAGCAGUCUUUGCAGGAGAACGCGCGGAAGCGGCUGCACUUGCCGCGGCAGCAGAGGAUGCAGGCAAUGGGCUGGACUUUUGGCAGCUUCGCAUGCAAGUUCUCCCUUUCAGUCUGAGCUUGUUGACGCUUCGCGCUAAGGGGGCUGCACCCUGGAGGGCACAGCCAUGCAGCGGUUUGUCUGGCGUGCAUGCAACGCAAGUUCAGCAGCCACUUGCUGCUGCUGCUGCUGCUGAGGACGCACUGCUGCUGCAGCAGCAGCUGCAGUCGGCGUUGCGUCUUGUUGCUAAAGUGGCGACCUUUCUGCCGCAGCACAUGCAUCCGAUUCAGCUCCGCUGCCUUCAAGCGCUGCAGCAAGCCGAGCAGCUGACGGCCUUUGUCGCCCUCCAAGGCUGCAUGCAAACCAACAAGGCUGUCUCCUCGGCAGCCGUUGCAACGGAGUCGGAAGCAACUUUAUCGGAUUCUCGGCUGCCUGCAGCUGCGCCUCUCCUGCAGACAAGGCCUCUUCCCGUGAGGCUGGGGGAAAACGCAGUUGCGCAGCGCGUGCUUGGCGAAGCAGACGAUCGAACCGUCCUGGAAGCUACAAGUCCUGUUGCCGAUGUUGUGAGUAGUGCUGCUGCUGGUGUGUUUUUCUGUGCUGUAGGAGUCAACGAUGCCGGGGAAUGGCUGUCUCAAGACUGGUAUCAGCCGCAGCAGCAGCAGUCCUUGCAGGAGCUAAUGAAACGCAUGCUGCUGCCUCAAGACUCCUCCCGCAGUAGUACGUGGUCUUGGACCCUGCAAGGCAGCCGACGCAGGGGGGAGGCUUCCAAGGCAGCGCUUUCCCGUGGAAUCUUUCUUCCAACGGUGUCUGCCUCUUGGCGAAACGCUGCCGAGACACCUUUCGUUGCCACUGCGUCUGCAGAAGCAGCAAUGGACAGGCACUUCCUGCUGCUGCUGCAACAUGCUGCAGUUAAGCUACACAGCCUCCUUACGGCCAGAGUGGGGCCUGCGUUGGCGGUCCGCUGA